CAGAAUAUAUGCCCAAAAUUAGUCUACUCUGUUGCUGUGAAAUGCUGGGGAAGAAUAGAGGAACAGAGCACUCUGUUUAAUAUAUUUAGAAAAGAAAUGACAAACAUAGAGGUAGAAUGUGGUUUAGGGCCUUCAACCGUUGAUAUGGCUGCUUCAGCAGGAGCAAACUGCAUUGUUGCGGGGACCUCAGUGUUUGGAGCCCAUCAGCCUGCUGAAGCUAUAUCACCUUUUGGGAAAGGGUGUUGUCGAAGCCAGAAAAACUGCUAAUCUUGUUUCAGGGAAGGUACAUUAAUACUGUUGGAUGUGAUGUACAUAUUUCAAUAAAAAUAAAGAAUAAUU